ACUUCAGUUGUGUUUGUGUCUCGGUUACGUGCGGUUGUUCCAGCGUCGUCGUCCUCGUUGUUUGAUUCGCGUCGUCGCGGCGCGCGUACGGUUUCUUGGGUUCUUUCACACCGGAAUUUCGAAUUUUGAUUCUCUUGUGCAUCAGCAUCAGCUUGCUCCUGUGUGGCAAUUUGAACAAUACAACGUGCGUACUGUUUACCUUCUAGAUUAUUACCGGAUUUUGCAAUAUGUAGUGCACGGAACUAGUGUUUUACGGUUAUUCAACUCAGUGGAAAUCAGGAAACUUUUUAGUUUUGCCGCGGACAACUUUCGGUGACAGGUUACGGAAAUUGUUUUGGAAAAAAGUGCGAAGGGCAAUCAUCGUUCGGGUGGAAAUGAUCGAAAUUAUGAGGUGAAAUUCAUGGUCAGGUGGAAAAAAUAACAUUUUGUUAAAUUAUGUGGUUCGCGGUAGUGUAGAAUGUUUCUGAAUAGGUAGAUUUGUGAAUUUCCAAAAGUGCAAUUAGAACCAGGGGAAACUGAGUGAACCCGAGAGUCCUGAUGGUGUUUAUCGACGAUGACACAAUCGGAGGAUUCGAGAAAGGAUGGUCCAUCGGCAGGUGGAUUCCAACCGGCGACGCCUCUGACUCCACAGCAAUCGCAGCAACAUCUGCAGAUUCCAGGGCAGCAGCCUGGUCUGCCCAUCGCUACAGCAGACACCAGUCGAACCUACGUAUUUCCCGGUCCGAGUGUCUCCGGUGCCGGUAGUGCCUUACCCGUAGGAAGUGCUGGAGCAAAUGCGAGUCGGUCUCUGUUCGAGAAUCCCCGUAGCGGAGGUCAUUCCCGAUCGAUUAGCCAUGGGGAGGGUUCGUUCGGAAUGGUCGGCGGAGCAGCGGGGAGACCUUCGGCCCUCAAAUCAGCUGUCAAAGGCGGCCAUCAACGGGCGCUCUCGCAUGGACAGAUUACCGAUGCGCCAGUGCCUCGGUCCGGCCACAGUCGAGUGGGGUCCAAGACAGAUUUCAUUCUACCGCCGGGUCACAAAGACCAGCCGGAAACCCGGGAUACGGGAACGGCUUCCACGACGGCCAAAGGCCACUCUCGACAAGCCUCCCGGUCCGAGUCCAUCUACACGCUCCGAAGGGCCGAUCGACCUCCCUGGUGGAAGCGAUUGAUGUUCUGUCGAAGCAGUAAGUUUGAAGAUCGGGGCUACCGGAUAGUGGUCCCCAAUCACACAGUGCCUCCCAAAACACCAAAAACGGACCACCCGAAUGGUCGCCUAGUGGGAAACAAAAUUCGGACUACCAAGUACACGCUUCUCUCGUUUGUGCCGAAGAACCUACUGGAGCAGUUCCACCGGGUCGCGAACCUGUACUUUAUAUUCAUAGUGCUGCUGAACUGGUUUCCCCAGAUAAAUGCCUUCGGGAAGGAGAUUGCCAUGAUUCCGGUGCUGUUCGUGCUGGGCGUGACGGCAAUUAAGGACCUGUUCGAAGACCGACAGCGGCGGGCCUCGGACAAGCGGAUUAACAACUCGACGUGCCGCGUUUACAAUGGGGAAUCGGAACGCUACAAGAAAGUCCUCUGGCAAGAUGUGCGCGUGGGUGACCUGGUGCAUCUGUCCAACAACGAGACCGUCCCGGCGGACAUUCUCCUGCUCAAGUCGAGCGACCCGCACGGUGUGUGCUACAUCGACACUUGCGAUCUGGACGGCGAGACGAACCUCAAAAGGCGACAGGUGAUACGAGGCUUCGCCGAGAAGCAGCACAUUUUCGCGGCCAGCAAGUUCACCAGCCGUGUCGAGGUGGAUGCCCCGUCGACGAAAAUCUACCGGUUUCAUGGAGCUGUGAUACACCCCUCGGGUGAACGGGUACCGGUUUCCACCGAAAGUCUUCUGCUGAGGGAAAGCCGACUGAAGAAUACGGACUACGCCGAGGGGAUCGUGGUCUACGCUGGACAUGAGACGAAGGCGAUGCUCAACAAUAGUGGUCCGCGGUACAAGCGGUCACAAAUCGAACAGCAGAUGAACAUCGAUGUCAUAUGGUGCGUAAUCAUCCUGAUUAUCCUGUGCGUGAUCGGCGCCAUUGGAUGCAAAAUGUGGCUUUCGUCAUUCGUAGCGUCCAGUGGGAAUAACAACGAAACCUUUCGCAUCCCAUAUCUCCCCUUCGAAAUCAAUCCGGACUACGAGGGCUUGCUGGCGUUCUGGACGUUCGUUAUAAUACUGCAGAUCAUGAUACCACUCUCGCUGUAUGUGACGAUAGAACUUUGUAAAAUCAUGCAGGUUUAUCACAUUCACAACUGUAUCGAUUUGUACGAUGCGCAAACGAACAAGCGAACCGAGUGUCGAGCGAUGAAUAUCACCGAAGAGCUAGGGCAGGUACAGUACGUAUUUUCGGAUAAGACAGGAACGCUGACGGAGAACCGUAUGAUCUUCCGGCGGUGCACCAUUGUGGGGGUAGAUUACAACCAUCCCGAAACGGAGGAGGAAAAAGAACUGACCAAAAUCGGAGGUCCCGUGCCGUACCUUCAGCCAAAUAUUAGUUUAUUAGAAAAUUUAAACCAGACCACCGAGUCUAACCAGCUUAGCGGUAGUGCGGAGCAGAUCCAGGAGUUCUUUCUGGUGCUGGCCAUUUGCAAUACGGUGGUUGUUAGCGCCACCCCUCACAAGGAUCACAUGAACGCCAGCGGUGUGAUCGAACUUAACGAUAGUGAUACUAGUGUAACGCUGGUUCGACCAGUGGUAACUGAUGCAAUAGCAAACGGAACUGAUCCCGCUAGUGAUAGGUACGCGCGGUUAACGGAAUCGCGAUCGAUUACCCCUUCGCCUCCACCGAAUGCCCCAUCGUCACUGCCGUUGAAGCAAACCCAUGUGCCAUCGCUGUCGCCCAUCAGCAGUUCAGCGGAAACGUCUCCCAUGUCGGAAAGCCCUCCCAUGAAGCUUAAAGCAAUUACGCCCACGGCGCGAGUGAAAUCCCUGGUAGCCAAGCUACCGAAAGGUCCCUUCAAGUCUAACAAUAAGAACAAGUUCAACAUGAAUAGCGUUAAGUUCCCCAAGUCCCUCUCCCAGGGAUCAACACCAAGCGAUCGACGACCGAUCUACGAGGCCGAAAGCCCCGAUGAAUUGGCCCUGGUCAAUGCGGCCUACAGCUAUGACUGCUGCCUUAUCAAUCGCAGUCCUAAUCACGUUUUAGUGAAUGUCCCUGGAGAAGGGGUUGUAGAAUAUGAAGUUCUUAAAAUUCUGCCCUUUGACUCAAACCGCAAAUGCAUGUCAGUGGUUGUCCGGAAGACCGGAACCCAAGAGGUGGUUCUCUAUACAAAGGGUGCUGAUAGUUCGAUCAUGUCUAGUCUUGCACCGUGCGCUCCUGGAUCCGAAGAAUAUCGACUUCGGGAACAGACUGAACAUCAGCUGAAUCUGUACGCUCGGCAAGGUCUUCGGGUCCUAGUGAUGGCUAAGCGGAAGCUAGACGCAACGGACUUUUCCGAAUGGUACUCUCAGCACCAGGAAUGCGAACUAAGCAUGGAGAACCGGGAGAAGAAGAUUAGGGAAUCUUUUGGAUUGUUGGAGCGAAACCUCACGCUGUUGGGAUCGACGGGUAUUGAAGAUCGCCUGCAGGAAGGUGUUCCGGAGGCGAUCGCUUCCCUUCUGCAAUCCGGCAUUGUGAUAUGGGUACUUACCGGGGACAAAACCGAAACGGCGAUCAACGUGGCUUACUCGGCGCGAUUGUUCAACCCUCAAAUGGACAUUCUUCGGCUAACGGCGCGAUCACGGGACUCUGCAGAGACGUCCAUCACCUUCUACCUGAAUGAGAUCGAAAAGCAGCUAAACGAUGUGGAUUAUUCGAUUCGGAGUGAUCGCGACAAGGGUCGAGCGCUGGUCGUCGAUGGCAAAACGUUGACCUUCAUUCUGGAUCUGCGAUCGAACCUGACGAAGCCAUUCCUGCGGUUGACGAAGUACUGUUCGUCGGUUCUGUGCUGUCGAGCAACGCCGCUGCAGAAAGCCUUUCUCGUGAAGGUGGUGAAGGAAGAACUUCGCAUGAGCACGCUGGCGAUUGGCGACGGUGCGAAUGAUGUGUCCAUGAUUCAGAUGGCCGAUGUUGGAGUUGGAAUUUGUGGACAGGAAGGUAUGCAAGCUGUAAUGGCGUCAGAUUUCACGAUAGCAAAGUUCAGAAUUCUGGAAAAGCUGUUGCUGGUUCACGGCCAUUGGAACUACGACCGGCUGGCGCGGAUGAUCAUCUAUUUCUUCUAUAAAAAUGCGGCGUUCGUGUUCCUUCUCUUCUGGUAUCAACUCUACUGUGGUUUCUCCGGUGCUGUCAUGAUUGACGAAAUAUACCUGAUGAUCUACAACCUAAUAUUCACUGCCCUGCCGCCUCUUGCCAUCGGAGUCUACGACAAGAAGAUAAUCGACGACCUACUGCUCAACUAUCCGCGACUGUAUCGGCAUGGCCGACUGGGGAAGGGUUACAAACCGUACACCUUCUGGAUCGUGAUGCUCGAUGCGCUCUAUCAGAGCCUGGUGAUAUUCUUCGUAGCGAAGGCCGCCUUCUGGGACUCGGACGUGGACGUGUGGGUCUUCGGGACCACCAUUACCUCGUCGUGUCUGUUCACGAUGCUGCUACAUUGUGCCAUAGAAAUCAAAUCAUGGACAAUCCUCCACGUAUUAUCAAUCGUAAUUAGUAUAGGUUCGUUCUACGUAUUUGCCUUCGCGUACAACACCGUGUGCGUGAGCUGCUUCGGGCUGCCUUCCAACUACUGGGUGAUCCACAUGAGCAUGAGUUCGGUACAGUAUUAUCUGAUAACUGCCUUGACGGCAGUACUUGCCUUGUUGCCUCGCUUCAUCUACCGCGUGGUGGAGAACACCGUCUGGCCGGGCGAGGGCGUGCGCGUCACGCUACAGUACAAAGAGGAGAAACGGAGAGGUGAGAAUCUACUGGUGACCUGGUCCCGGUCCACGUCGGCCUCGUCUAUAUUCAGGUAUUUAACGACGACAACAACCACCACGACCACCACCACCAUGACCACGACCAAGACGACGUCGUCCUCGUUGUCGUCCGGUGGUGGCAAGAACAAUAACCCCGGCUCCAAGGGAAGCACACUGAAGGCGCGCAAAAAGCUGAACGCCGCAGUUGGCAUCCUGGAGCGUAACAAUCCCCAGGAGCGGUUCGGUUACUAGGCUAGACUGUAGCCGAACUGUAGUUUGCUCCCAGUUUGUUUCCAAAUGUGCUAGAGGGACCCAAUGAUCGAACCGCCGAUUACCGGGCUGCGCAUAAGACUGUGACGAAAGUGUCGUCGACGACAGGAUGUGUAAUAUAAAUAUGUAGCGCCAUUUUUUUUUUCUUUUUAAAGCCCUUUCACACAAACACACGCGUGUAGUUCAAUGCUUCAUAUUUUAAGAACUAGGUAUUUCAUUUUGAAGGAAAACAGAUCUACAAUCUAUGAUGUAAUAUUUAUUCGAACUGAAACCCUGCCGCUUUCAAAUCUCCGUUUUUUAUCCAAACGAUGAAGAGUGAAUGAGAACCCAAUACAAUCGAAGAUAACACAGCCAUAUCCGUGAGACAAACCAAAUAAUGAUCAUUAGUAAAUUUUACAUUUUGAAGCUAUUUCCAGGGUGCGGCUUAUGUUUCGAGAGUUGUUCAAAAUUGGAAUUCACAUGUGCACUUCUAGAUUCAAAUUCCAUAAAAUUGAAAAAAAAAACACAUGUACCUAAGACUCAUAUUUGCAUAGUAACUGAAAAAUCAACUCCAAAGCUGUGCAAACAGAUUGAAAAUUAACAAAGUUUUAAGAAAGUAGAAGUCAAAUAUUAUUAAUAUUAAUCGAAAAUCCAACUUUAAGACGCUUGCGCCAUAUCUAAUUCUUAAUGUUUCUGGCUCCAACUAUGCCAUUUUGGUCUAAAACAACAAACGAAAUAGAAGCCGCUUCCUAUUGAACUUUUUUUUUCAGGUCAACUUUUUGUUUUUAUCUAUCCUUGUAAAAAAUAUGAAACAAACAGUUCGAUAAAACUGAUCGUGGCCUUACCGUACCACAAUUUGGUCCUACCCGUAUGAGACAUAUUCCAAUCACUAUAACAAAUAUCAAAACAUAACUUGUAUAUCUUAUGAAACAAUCCUUAUGUAUAUAUAGUACUAUUACUGUAAAUAAACGCCAAUCGCAUCGCGCUCUAUCGGGGUGAUGUCCCCUGUUUGAUGAAAACAAUCGUCCAGUAGACGUUGUUUGUUGAAUGAACGCUUAUUCAACUUAUUAAGCAUCUAUUCAACCAAUGUCUCUGUCGGCCGUUUAGCGUAACUGUUAAAUUUGCUUGUUACUAAUACUACACGCCGGUGAUUUGCCUUUGCUUUUCAGCAAUGGAGAAACAGAAAUCAACUAUUGCAUUUUUUUAAAUAUCGUGAUACGCUUAACGAACAUACGGAAGCUUGCGAGGAGACGCCCACUUCUCCAUGACUACGAUCCCAAUGUUGAACCAACACACACACCAACACGGAAUGCUUUUCAAACGCAAACGAAGAAAAAGUGGCUGUGAUGAAAACACGAAACUGAGACACUAAUCUAAAUAAAAACACACAAUACAAUCGGAAGUUAGGGGAUCCGGAUCCGGGGUUGGGGAGCGCCAGGACAAUAAAACUAAAUUAGAAAACAAUUGUAAUUGCUUUACAAUUGGGAUCUUUUGAUUCCGCAGUGCCGGAAAUGUUGACAUUCAUGCAAACGUGAUUGUAGUGCUUUCGUUCGCCUACUAGGUGCUUUAGGGUGGCGCUAUGCCCCGCGCGUUCAGUUAGCCCUGUCCGUUAAACAAUCUUAAAGACAAUUAAAUGUUAGAGAAUAAACCAAUCGUCUGUAGAGAAGCUAACUACUGCAUUGAACCAACAAUAAAUUAUGUCAUUUUAUAUGGAACACAAACACAACUACAACGUAGAGAAUAAAAACAAGUCAACAGCAAAGCCUUGGCGAUAAAAACAAAUAAAACAAUAGAGAAAUUAUGUAUCAUACGUAGAGACCCAGCUGUACAGUAAAAAGUGUAACGAUAAUAACAAUCGAAAUCAGAAAUCGUUAUUUAAGUAUUAUAUUUUAUGCGUAUGAUGCGUAACGCAGAAUGCGGAAUAAGUUUUAUAAAGAAAACCUGAAAACUAU